CAACACAAACCCUCCACCCCCAAUUCCCACCCAUGGAUUCCCGCGAUUCCUCUCCACGCUCUCGCGACAUCGACAACGAUAACCCUUCCCUCGACGAACAACCUCCUUCCUCCUACAAAGUCAAGUUAAUGUGCAGCUAUGGCGGCAAAAUCCAACCCCGGCCACACCACAACAACCUCACCUACGUCGCCGGCGACACCAAAAUCCUCUCCGUUGAACGUUCCAUCAACUUCUCCUCCCUCAUCACCAAACUCUCUUCCCUCACAAACGCCACCAACAACUUCUUCUUCAAGUACCAACUCCCCGGCGAAGACCUCGACGCCUUGAUCUCCGUCACCAAUGACGAAGACCUCCACCACAUGAUGCUUGAGUACGAUCGCCUGUACCGCACUUCACCUAGACCCGCACGGUUAAGGCUCUUCCUCUUCCCCCUCACCAACAACAACAGCAGCAGUGCUCAUUCUUCGCAAACCGUUAAUUUCGGACUCCCCGAGUCUAAGCCGGAGCGUCAGUGGUUCGUCGACGCUCUCAAUUCCGUGCAGGUUCCGAUUCUAGAAGGUUCUUCUCCACCGCCAAUGGCGCCACCGGCGAAUCCGGAUUUUCUGUUCGGAUUGGAUAAGCCGCCGAAACCGACGGAUUUUGCGACGGUUACGGAUGUUCCGGGGAAGGAAUCGGCCGUGGAAUCGGAGAAUUUUUCUGAGGAUCGUCGAGCGGUUAGAGAGUCUGAAUCGGAGAUUCUGGAGCUGCACAAGUUGCAGCUGGUGAACAAUGAGCAAAUUUCGCAACGAAAAAUCGAUGAUGAUAGCGGAAGACGUUACGGUGUGGACUCUUUCGCUCCGAAAAAUUCUGAGAAAGUGACGCCGUUAGUGGCGCAUGCGCAAGGGCAGGUGCAACCCGUUCCUGUUCAUGGAACGGUGUCGUUUGUGCAGGAGAGGAAUUUUUCGUUGGGGGUUUCUGCAACCGGGAAUGAACCGGUUCCGGUUUAUUUCAUUCAAACGCCUUCUGGAAUAUUCCAAGCCGUGAGGCCAAUGACUGGACCGGUGGGUCAACCGGUGUAUUUGGUUCAAACGCCAGGUUCGGUUCCGCAUUCGGCGCAUAAAGUUAGUUACGGUGGUUCGGAUGUUGGUGUAGGCUCGGAGCGUGGGUAUUCGCAGGUUUCGUACUUGAAUAAUGAGAGGUCUGGCGGCGGCGCACGGUGGUGACGGGUGGAUUUGAGCGGAGGAAAGGGUGGAUAUACAAGUCAUAUUGUUUGUUUCUUUUUGGUGUUUCUUUUUCAUCGUUUAGCAUAUUGGUUUGAACAUUGUUUCUUGUGCAUAGUUGGAUCGUGGUUGAAGGGGUUGUGGAAUUGUUCUUUGAGAGUGUAACUACUUUUUAAUCAGUAUAUUGCUUUUCGUAUCAG